AUGCUCAGGUUCCGUAUGCGGCAAUCCCUUUUCUUGGAGAUUGAAGACAAAUUGGCAACUGCAAGUAAGUUCUUCAGACAAGAAAGAAAUGCAGCUGGUGUGUUGGGAUUCUCCACUAGACAAAAGUGCACUGUGGGUUUACGGAUGUUGGCUUAUGGAGGGCCAGCAGAUGCACUAGAUGAAGGAUCUCACAACGACAUCAAUGUGCUGCGCCGCUCUCCUAUUUUUGAUGAUUUGGCAAAUGGCAAAACACCACCUGUUAACUUUGAUGUCAAUGGUAACACUUACACCCUUGGGUACUACCUGACUGACGGGAUUUAUCCUGAUUGGGCGACCUUAGUGAAAAGCAUAAGUUGUGUAAAGAGUAACAAGCAGUCGGUGUUUGCAUCACAGCAGGAAAAAUGCCGCAAGGACAUAGAGAGAUUUUUUGGAGUACUUGUAGCCAAGUGGAAGAUUUUGCAUAAUGCUGCUCGUUUGUGGAGUCGGCGUGACCUCAACACCAUUGUGCUGGCCUGUGUCAUCCUACACAAUAUGGUGGUGGAGGAUGAACGUGGAGUUGAUCUUCCAAGCGUGCACGUGUCAGAGUGGCCAGGUGCAGCUAACCCUCCAAUAACUACAAGCAGAUCAAUGCCUACAAUUGAGGAGGUCAAUGAAGCUUAUUCUUUGAUCGAAGAGAAAUCCACUGCCCAGCAACUAAAAAAAGAUCUUAUUGAACAUAUGUGGGAAUUGUAUGGGUCGAAGUCUGGACCAUUUGCCAAAGAGUCAGUACAUCUGAACUAA